AAGAAGAGUCACGCGAUCCCGAGAAAGGAAGAAGGAGGAAGUGUCGAUUGUUUCUAUCCAGUUAACUGGCGAUCAUCGUUAACACUUUUUUUGGGGGGGGGCUUUUACAAUAUUAUUCAAGCCCUUAAGAUUCAAGCCACGUUUCUCUAUCCUCUAUAAAUACAUUAAAACGACCUCGCACAGGAUUUGGAGAUCGGUCAGGAUCCACUCAGAUUCGUAAUGAACCUGGAACGGCUGCCCAACGAGGAGAAGCUCUGCCUGUGCAGAAAGUAUUACCUGGCGGGUUUUGCUCUCCUUCCAUUCCUGUGGCUGGUCAACGUUGUUUGGUUUUUCAGAGAGGCCUUUGUAAAGCCAGCCUACACUGAACAGAGUCAAAUAAAAACAUAUGUGAAACGGUCAGGGAUGGGGUUGCUGUUCUGGGUAGCAGUACUCACCACAUGGAUUACCAUCUUCCAGCACUUCAGAGCAGAGUGGGGCGCGAUGGGAGAUUACCUGUCGUUCACCAUCCCACUGGGCAUUCCUUAAGAUGUUUUUUUUAGUUGACAGGUCUUUUGAAAAUAACUAAUGAUCCACUAUAAUGGACCAAAAAAAAAAAUUCUUCCCUAAACUACAGUGAAAGAUUUUUGGUGAUAGGUCUGGUAUCUGGAGCUAAAUUAUAUGGCUGGAUAACAAGUUAACAGAUUAAUCCCUCAUGUCUUCAAAAAUAAAUUCUGUAGGACUUGGACACUUGGAAAAGUAGCUUUUUUGCUUGCUUAGGCAUUUAAGGCUAAUAAAUCUUGUCUCAUGUACAGUGUCUAAAGAUAAAACUGGAUGUGCAUUGAGGUUUGUUCAGAAUAUUGAGCAAUCGAUUCAACAGAUUUUUUUUUUUUUAAGUAAAAAUGCUAAUUAAACUGUUAAUGUUUGUUUGUGAUUGUGCACCCAAAACAAUUUUUUAGUUUGUGCGUGACUGGCGAAUAAAAAAUAUCCACACUUUCAA